AGGCGAAAAUAAUCAGUUUUAUUUUUGGUAAAAUAUUUCAUUUCAACGCCGAAGUUCGUAGAGUAAACUUGUGCUAGCAAUGAGCUCUAUCAACGGUCCAAAAAUGUUUCCUACGAAAGGCAAUAAUGAUUAUAUGAAUGAAAUGAAUCGUUUGUUCCCUCGGAACGCAGAAAAUGAUGUCUACCAGUUUCCUCCCACAAUGCCGAGCCAAAAUUUCUCAUCACCGUUCCGGCAGUCAACACCAGUCAACCACUCUUCAAGCUCUGCUGACUCCCUGUCACCAGACUCCUUUCCAGACAUGUCACACCGUUCAGACACUGACAGACCAGCAUUUGACACUCCAUACAUAGUCAGACACCAAAGACCGAUCAUUGGACGUAAAAUAUUUGACAAGCCGGAACCACCAACGGUGAGGCAAAUCAUGAAAAUGAAUGAACAUGACGUAGAAUUCCCUAAUACAAUAUGGCAGCCAGAUGAUCACCAUUUAUUCCCACCAACACCCCCAAGUAUUGGUACAGAGCAGAAGAGUUAUACUCAAAACGUCUUCUAUGAGCUAUUUCCAGCAGAAAAGAGGGAAUUCGAGUUCAAGCCACCAGCUUCUACCCUGUCUCCUAUAUCAAACUAUAGCCAAGCUUCGCCAAGGUUUUCACCAACAUUACCAAGUACACCAAAAUCUGUAUACGUUGGGCCAACACAUAUGCAGCCAACAUUGCCAUUUAAGCUGCCAAGACAGCCAAACUUUAGGCCAACUUCUUCGAGAGACCAGGAGAUGAUUAAACCGAAGAUGUGUACCUUUUGUCGCAAGAAUGGGGAGACUCCAACUGUGUAUAUGACUCAUAAUGUAAGGGAAAAUGUUGACAAUAAGAAUAUUGUGUCCUGUCCAAUUUUGAGGUCACAUGUUUGCUCUAUUUGUGGAGCUUUUGGAGAUAAUGCUCAUACCAUCACAUACUGCCCGGUGCUUCGCAGCAACAAUAAUGGCCGACCACUACAGUCUACCACUAUAACUCUCAAAAAUACAAGGAUUAAAAGCAAUGGUAGGAGAAGGUAUUAAUUUAUUUACUAUUUUCAUAUACAUAUAAUUUUAACUACUUCACUGUCCACGAUGCAGACACAAUGGUUAAACAAUUGGUGUGUGUCACAUAUAACUCAUAGGAUUGGAGGGAAUUUAUUAAAUUUUAUUACUUUGACAAAGAGAUUAUUGUUAUUAAAAUAUGAAAAUGAUGCCAAGUUCUAUGUGCCUUUAUUAUAAUACAAAAAAAUAUAUUGUGAAACAUUAUAAUUAUUCAAAAUGUGUGACACUAAUGACUAAUUUGAUAUCAUUAUUUCAUUAGAAAGGUAGACAGCUGUUAAACAGCUACAAAAGAUUACAUAAUAUAGUUAGUAAUUUUGUUUCUUAACUUAAAAACAAGAAAUGCAUGACCCCCUAGAUUUUUCAAAUUCUCUGAAUUGUUGUUAUUGUUAGCUCAAAUAUCCAGAUGGUCAUACUAUUUUGUUAUUCCAUUACAAGUACCUACAUUAACUUGUAGGUACAUCUUAUGAUCUCAUUCAGUAUAGGUGACAAAUACUUUUAAAAGUUUUGUUCAAAAACCAAUAAUUAGUUUUGAAAGUAUUUUUUAGUUGUUAAUAAGACUAAUUUAGAAAAGACUUAGAAUUUCAACCUACUUUUAAUUGACUGAUCUCAUAAAAAUUGUCUCCUAAGAUUUCUAUCAUUAAUAAGUAUAAGUUAUUUCAAUGACUGACUAAAAAUAAUUAUAAUUAUAUAAUCAAUAACAACAUGGUUAUUACAAACUAGAUUCUCUUAAAAAGAGAUUAUUUUGGCUAUGAGCCUGUAAAACUUGGUUGUCUCUUACAAUUCUUUCUAAAAUCGUGUAUUUCUUUCCCAAGUCAUGUUACAAGCUUAACUUUUUGAUAUCACAAUUUUGAUUUUAUAACUUGUACUUAUAUUUAGUGUUUUUAUAACUUGACAAUUAACAUUAAAAUAAUCACUGAUCAUAAUUUGAUGUUAACAUAAGUAGUUAUUUUGUAGUAGUUUAUGAAACUGUUUCCUUUGAAAGUAGUAGUAUUUUUUUUUUUGUUCUCAAAUUAUUUAGCUGUUUUGAAUAAUACUUAUUAGUGCUAUACAUAUUUAAUUUCUGUAUUGAUAUGAUUGACGAUUAUUCUACCAUCAUUAAAAAUCGUGUUUUGCUUAUACUUUUUGACUGCUUUACGCAAAUUUUUAAUCUCUAUAAUAUCAUGUUUUUUUCUUAAUAUUUUGACUGACUUGAUGACUGAUUUAUAAAUACUGACUGACCUAUUAAAAAGGUAAAAUCACGGAGUAAGGAAUUAGCGGAGAUGUCAUAAUGCUAGUAGGUCAGGCGCCUUCUUCUAGCUCAAAUACCUAUGGUGGGCAUUAGGUACUAAAAAGAUCGGUUACUAGUGAACAAAUGAAGCGUUUUGUUUCUGAGACAUUUGUCAACAAUUUUUCGUAUUA